CAUAUCUGAUGGUUAUGGUCCAUGAACCUUGUCAUGUGGGCUGUGGUUGAUAUAAUCUGUUACACUUCUUACAGCGACAGAAGAACCUCCUGAAGACCUACUUGUGGUACACAAUUUCUUCCCUGGAACCAUUCUGAAAGAAGACAUUAAGGCUGCUUUUCUGAAAUUUCAGCUCAUUCACUCUGACUACUAAAACCACCAAUCCAGAAUGGGUGUUCACUACUUUGUCUUUGUAAAUUAUUUGGAGGUUUCCGCUUAUACUACCCAAAGGCUGCGUAAUCUCAUGGAGCUUUGUUUUUGUUUUUGACAGUCUCCAUCAACUUCACAUAUAGAGGCGUGCCAGUUUGUUGUAAAUGAUCACACAACACAACUUUGCCUCCGUAUCAUUGAGUGGCUGGAGGGGUUAGCCUCUAAAUCCCUUGAUCUUGAAAGCAAGGUGAUUCCUAAGUUCAUUGCAUUUUCAUUUUGCGUCCUUGUAGAGUUUCUAGUUGGCUCCUCCUUGUUGGUUAGCUUUCCUGUUCUUUAGCCAUGCAUGUAAAAACAUUUCUUACUGAACCUUGCUGGCACCGUUUGAGGAAGUUGUUUUUAUCCUGAUAUUUAGCAUUUAGGUGAUGAUUGUUUAACACGGGACAGAAGGAACAUCCUGGCUUCAACAUCUUCUUAUUACUUUUUAUCCACUGUGUAUACUUGUUUACAAACCGCAUAAGCUCUGGUUUCCAAGGAAAGUUAGUAUCCAUCAAAAUGUAGGCUCAGCACUCUUUUGAAGGCCUUUAGCUGCGGAGAAGAUGGGUGGAUUUUGUUGUCCCCCCUCCCCCUCUCCUUCAUGAUAUUCUAGCUACUUAUGACAUUUGAUUGAAUUUUCUAAGUUUGUGAAUUCUAUUUGAAAUGGAUAUUGACCAACAAUCACAGGUACGAGAACCUCGUGUGGGUACAUAUCUUCCGAAUUCUGGAAUUUGGCACAAUACACAACGGUUGCUGAAGAAAGGCGCAUCUGGUGUAAAUACUGUUCAUCACUUGGAUUUUGAUGCACCAACUCGUGAACAUUCUCACCAGCUACCAGAUGAUCAGGUACCAUGUCUUUGUUCUCCGCUAUAGGAAUUCAUGGUAAACAUUAUUUUUUCAAUCAACGAAUGAAUCUUACAUUAAUAGGUUGUUCUGUGCCUUGGGCUGUGUAUUUAAACUAGCCAUGGGUAUAUUAGUUUGUAUCCUAAUAAUUUAUGUGUUGGACUUGAUUCAAAUAUGGAUAGUUUAGAAGGUUCUAGUCGAAUUACUAAGAAAAAACAUGAUAGUGUUUCAUUCCCUUAACGCAACAAUUAUCUUCCUGAACAGAAACACGAGGAAUGUCUUUUGGAGGACGUAUGGACAUUGUUAAGAGUGGGAAGAGUAGAAGAGGCAUGCGAUCUUUGCCGUUCUGCUGGGCAGGUAUUCAACACCAGUACAGCUUUUCAUCAAUUUUUCAGAAUAAAAGAAACUUUACUAGUUUUUCUAAGCAAAUUGAGUCUUUCUUUUGCUUCUGGUAUCAGUCAUGGAGAGCUGCAAGUUUAAGUCCUUUUGGAGGAUUGAGUAUGGUUCCUUCUAUUGGGGCUCUUGUGAAGAAUGGGAAAAGUAGAACCCUCCAAGCCAUUGAGCUUGAAAGUGGCAUUGGUCAUCAAUGGCGUCUUUGGAAAUGGGCUGCGUAUUGUGCAUCAGAGGUAUUCCUACUUGGAACUUAUUUUGGACGUUUGAGUUAUCAAACUUAGCCAUUUUGGGUAUGCAGUUCUGUCAUUUGUUCUAUCCUCAAACAUUGCUAGUUACUUUUCCUCUUAGACAAUUUUCAGUUUGUUGUUGGAAGUUAUAUCAGAUAGCUAAUAGUUUGUACUCUGCCGUCAGAACUGCACAUCAUAGUUCCAUGUUUAUUUCACAUGAGCUUCACCUGUUAAGAAAAGUGGGAUUCUUAAUUAUACUAACCUACAUCAAGCGUCUUUUAUUACAUCCUUCCUCAUUGUACUUGGGGAUAGCUGAUAAGAUUGGGUUGAAUUUGACUUGUUCUAUUUUCUCUGUUUAUUUUGUAGAAAAUUGCAGAGCAGAAUGGUGGCAAAUAUGAAGCAGGUGUGUAUGCAGCACAGUGUAGCAACUUAAAACGGAUGCUUCCAAUUUGUACUGACUGGGAGGUGAAGGCUCUUUUCUUUUUAUAUCCUGAUUUUAAGUUUGUUCAUUAGUUAUCCAUAUCCCCCCUGUACUAUUUGGUUGAUUUACUUUAGUUGUUUACUUGCCCGUGCUGUGAUGGCAUUAGUUUAGAGAAAAUUUAAUAGUAUACUGCUCUCUUCUUCGAUGGUAAUCAUCAUACUUAGUGCAAUCUAUCUGGUUCUUACUUUUUGUUCACUGGUACCUAGAGUAUCUCCUUGGUUUCUAUUAUUUGGUCAGUUGCGGAAUUAAAAUAGUGGUUUUGGCUUCUUUUUUUCUCCUGUCAUUGAGAUAAUAUCUAAAUGUCUAAUGCUGCGACUGGGUUUGAAUCUCGAUCAAGGACUGGAUCCGCCUGAGCUCCUUGUAUUUAAUUAUAUUGCCCUAUUUACUUUUAGUAAUGGAAUUUUUUUAAUUUCACUUCAUAUCUCAGCUUGCUGGGCAAUGGCCAAGUCUUUGCUUGAUAUUCAGGUUGAUCUGGAGUUAUCUGGCUUACAACCUGGGAGGGUUGAGCAGCUUAAGAGUCAUGGAGAUGAUGCUGAGGGAAGUCCUGUGUCAAAUGACAAUGGCCCUCAUGCUUCAGGUGGACCAGAUAGCUGGCCACUACAGGUCAAGAAUCAGCAACCAAGGAAUCUUUCAUCUCUUCUUCAAAAACUUCAUUCCGGGUGGCUCCUUCAUUAACUAUUUUGAUAUUUCAAAUAAUUGUUAUUUAUUUUAUUCUUGAAAGUGUCAACCGCUGAAACUUUGCACUACUCAGGGAACUGGUUAAUGAAGCUGUUAUUAGAGGUUGCAAGGAACAGCAGCGGCAAAUUCAGGUGCUCUUUUUGAGAAACACCUCAAGACAGUGGUUUGCCAGGCUCACUAGUUUCCUGAUGAAAAAUGGAUUUGCUCAAUCAGCUUCAGAUUACUCCUUGCUCACCAAGUGGGUGCAUGGUAGAAUUGUAGUACUCCUGGUGUAUGUGGAUGAUAUUAUCAUAGGGGGAGAUGCACCUAAGGACAUAGAGCAGAUUAAGAAAGCAUUGAGCAAAGAAUUCAAGAUAAAGCUGUUAGGACCUCUACAAUACUUCCUUGGAAUGGAAGUAAACAGGACUGCAGAUGGCAUUAGUGUUUGCCAGAGAAAAUAUGCCUUGGAGCUGUUAAAGGAUACUGGCUAUCUAGAAGCUAAGGGCUGUAUUACACCAUCAGACCCAAAAAUUAAGCUGGCAGCCAACCAGGGAACACCUCUGGAAGAUGGGGAAGUUUACAGAAGGUUGAUUGGCAGGCUACAUUAUGUGACCAUUACUAGACCUGAUCUAACAUACAUUGUGCAACAGUUAUGUCAGUUUCAGAAACAGCCAUGUAGUGAUCAUUUGCAGGCAGCUUAUAGGGUACUGAGAUACCUAAAGAACAGUCCUGGACAAGGUAUACAUUUUAGCAGUAAAGCAGAUUUGAAGCUAGUGGGAUUUACUGAUUCUGACUGGGCUAGUUGCCCAGACACAAGAAGGUCAACUACAGGGUAUCGCACCUUUCUGGGAAGUUCUCUACUGACAUGGAAGAGCAAGAAGCAAACCACAGUAUCCAGGUCUUCAUCAGAGGCUGAAUACAGGGCUCUAGCUCUAUUGGUCUGUGAAGUGGAAUGGCUAAAGGGACUACUAGCAGAACUGAGUGUGAAGGUACCUCUCCCUAUCUCAAUCUACUGUGACAACAAAUCAACUAUUCAUAUAGCAGAAAACCCAGUAUUCCAUGAACGCACAAAGCAUAUAGAAAUAGAUAUGCAUGUGACCAGAGACAGAAUCAAAACUGGGUUAAUCAAGCUUCAUCAUGUAAGCACAUUCAAUCAGUUGGCUGACUUGUUCACAAAGGGGUUGGAUAGAGCACGUAUGCAGGCUUUGCUGUUCAAGUUGGGAGUCAGAGUGACUGCCACAACUUGAGGGAGGCUGACAGAGUUGCAAUCCAGACUGCCCAAGGAAUGAAGGAAGAAGAAGAAGUUCGAUGAAGAACGAAACGUCCAGAAGGAAGAAACGUUUUCAUAUCAGCUGGAGUAUUUUAGUAAUACUGUGUCGUUUUACUACUUGAGUGAUGUAAUAGGAGUUAGCCGUUAAAUGCACUGUUUAGCUUUAAAUAGACGAAUGGAAAGCAGCCAAGUGGCAUUGCUCUGUAAUCCAUUUCGUCUUUGUCUUUAACCUUUCUGUUGGAGUAUAAAAGGUAGAGGAUGACCUCAGGAGAAGCUGAGGAUCAUACCUUCCACAAAAUCCCUACUAGGUUUUCUCUUACUCGCCGCCGCUUCCUCUUCCCUUGAAUCGAUGGCUCCACCUUAUCAUCGUCCUCCUCCUCCUCCUCCUCCCGCUCCCUGUACGCGCCCGCUCUUCCAGCGAUUCAACUUAAUCUCCAAUGGUUUCUGCCGCUCUCCGACACCUACUUCGUCGCUGGAAAGUGAAUCCCCCUCUGCCGCCCCUGAUCGAAUUCAAUUCCGCUGCAGGACAAUGCGGUGGUGACUCCCGAACCUGUUUGGGGAUUAUACAAAAUUAAUUUUAUUUUUAUUAUUUAUUAAAAUGAGUUGGAAUUGGUAAAAGGUUUAAUUUUUAAUUUUUAAUUGCCAUAUUAGUCAUUUAACGAUCAACUAUCAGAGUUGACUGCCACAUCAGCUAAGUUUAACGGAAAUUAAAGGAGAGUUACCAAACUUAAAAUGAAAAGCUAUUUUAAUGACCACGAAUGAAAUAAAAUAUUUGUAGUGACCAAACGUGAAUUUUUUAGUACUUUCAGUGACCAACCGUGCAAUUUACCCCAAUUAUAUUUCUCUGAAAGGCAGUUGUUUUCACUUUGCUGGCCCAAUAAACGAAGCCCCAUAUG